AUGCCGGUCGAAUCCAAGUCUGCGGCUGAAAGGUACAAGCUCACUGACCAAGUGGACAAAUAUGUUUUCUUCGAUGAUAUAUUCAAUUCAAAGGGAGAGACGACUCAAGACCCAUUAGCUGGGAUCUGGUUCCGCAUUGAGAAGGGCCCGCCAAUUGGUCCUGGUGUACAUGGCUAUGACGAGAGUGGCGUUGUGUACGAAGGCACCGUUACGCUGAAAGACGAGACCGGGACGGAGAAGAAAUUGGGCCCUGGAGAUAGCUUUUUUAUUCAUCGCGGCAGCAAGGUUUUGUUCUCUUCUGACGAUUACGGGGUAUGUUUCAAGUGUGCGGCACGGCCUAAGGGAAAGUUGUGA